GGGUGGGUGUUACCCAUAAUGCCCCGCGCUCAUUCAGUCCCACGGCUAAACAUGGCGUCGAGGGCACCAGUGGCAUCAGGCCGGCUUCUGAGCAGCUUGAGAAAAUGGUAUUAUAAUAUGAGCGGCUUCAACAAAUUUGGUUUGAUGCGAGACGACACAAUACACGAGGACGCCGACGUGAAAGAGGCCUUGAGGCGGCUCCCGGAGAACGUCUACAACGACCGCAUGUUCCGCAUCAAGAGAGCCUUGGACCUGUCCAUGAAGCAGCAGAUCCUCCCCAAAGACCAGUGGACAAAAUACGAGGAGGACGACCACUACCUGACGCCGUACCUGGACGAGGUGAUCCGCGAGAGGAAAGAGAGAGAGGAAUGGAUGAAGAAAUGAAAGAUUUCCUCAAUAUCCCCGUUGUCGUAUUUAAAGUGAGAUGUAACCCAUAUCCUCAUUAAAAUGUACAUUUUCUGACAAAUACAA